GUUUUGUCUGCCGAGUUUGACGAGGAUGAAUACUCCUUUCUGCUUACUGUUCAACUUGAAAAGCCAGGGGCACCAAAACGCCGAAAACCGCUCAGAGAAAGAAUACGAGAACAAAGUGCUCCUCGUAAAUCUCCCGAUAUGGAAGACACAAAACCUGUGAAGGAAACCAGACCGACAACGGCAAAG